AGUAGUGUACAAUACUUGAAUUUUCAUGCCUCCUCAACUUCCGAAACACGAUAACUUCGGGGGUACACACCAGUUCGAGCUGUCCUUGAGAUAUGCUAUGCAUAUAGGGUCUGUGAAGUGCGCCCCAUGUACAAAAUCACAUAUCGGUCUGUGGUAAGUCAAGAUUGAAAUGGUUUUUGUGCAAGCGGCUGAUAUUUUGUAACCGCCAACUUGGCCACCUCUACCUUCCAUGGGAAAUGGCCGCAACCACCAACGAGGCCCUUAGAGCGGCACUGGGACUCGAACGCAGCGAAAUACUUAUACUAAGGCAAACUCACCCCAGCCAAAAAGUCAACAUUCAUAUUCUGCUCCUCCUCCUCCCUCGCAAAAACCAUGACCUCGACCAACCCCUGUUCACAAAGGCACACCUGCCAGAAAUUGUAGAAUUCGGACCCCACAUCAUCAUCAUCCUCGUUAUCUCUCCCUCUGCCACCCACACCACCUACACCACCCUCGAAAUCACCCAACGCGGGGUAUUUCUCAUUUCCACCAACGAUAUCGACAGUAUUGACGGCAUCGCCUUACAACAACAACAACAACGCAUCCUCGGUAUCGUUAUCCUACAACCCUUUCGCAACUACACCUACUACUGGUACUACUACUACUACUUCGACCCAAGGUGGUUUCUCUACUCCUACUGCUACUGUUCCUUCAACUGCUUCAUCCUCAACUGGCUUCGCUGCUACUCCUACCCCUACCACUUCAACUUCAACUUCAACCUCAAACCUACCUGCAUUCGGUAGCUCGACGACAACAACAAUGACGACGGGUCUUACAUUCGGG